GGAAGCUUCUGAAAAGAUAUCACAUGAUACAAAAUGAAAAUCAAAGUGCUGACUUAGACAAAGAAGCUUCUAGCGUCGUCUUACGAUACACUUUCUCUUCAGGGAAAAUGCUUUGGUGUGUGACUCUUAUUCUUGUCAGCUUUAUCACAUCUCAAUCAGAGAGUUUACAGGUUAUUGGUCCAGAAAAGCCUCUUGUUGCUGUAGCUGGUGAAGAUCUGGUUCUGCCCUGUUUUAUCAAACCCAACACCAGUGCUGUGGACAUGACAGUGGAGUGGAUGAGAAUAGAGGAAGUGGCUUCAUUAGUGCAUCUCUAUAGGGAUCAUGAAGACAGAAAUGAAGAUCAGGCUCAGUCCUAUAGAGGAAGAACAUCACUGUAUAAAGAGGAGCUACAGAAAGGCAACACUUCACUCAAACUGUCAGAUCUCAGAGUCUCUGAUGAAGGAGAAUAUAAGUGUCUUGUUGAGGACAAAUCCUGGUACGAUGACAUCACUGUGAACGUCAUUGUAGAGGCUCAGGGAAGCCACCCAGUGAUAAUGAUGGAGAGUUAUGAUAACUCAGGAGGGAUUAAUCUAGUGUGUGAGUCCAGAGGCUGGAACCCUGAACCUGUUGUUCUGUGGCUGGACAGAGAAGGAGUCACUCUGACUGCUGAAGAUACACAGAUACACAGAGACACUGAGGGCUUCAAUGUGAAAAGCCGCAUCUCUGUUUAUGAUUAUAGCGACUCUAACAGGUUUUACUGCAGACUUCAGCAACAACAUCACAUGAUGGAGACAGAAAUUAUCAUCAAUAGUAAAGUCUUUGGUGCUUGGAAGUGGAUUGUUGGGAUUUCAGUUUCAGCAUGUCUUAUUGCUGUUGGAUUGAUCGUAACUGCAGUUUUUUAUCACAAGAAAGAGAUGAAGAAGGAGAAGGAGUACAAAGAGAGGCAGAUACAGAGGCUGAAAGAUGUGAUGAAGAACAAGGAGAACACAGAGAGGCAGAUACAGAGGCUGGAAGAUGAGAUGCAGAAGCAGUCCAAAGAGUGGCAGAGAAAGAGGCUGUAUGUUGAGAUGAAGACUGAGAAGGAGUUCACAGAGUGGCAGAUAGAGAGGCUGAAAGAUGUGAUGAAGAACAAGGAGAACACAGAGAGGCAGAUACAGAUGCUGGAAGAUGUGAUGAAGAAGGAGAAGGAGUACAAAGAGAGGCAGAUACAGAGGCUGGAAGAUGUGAUGAAGAACAAGGAGUACACAGAGAGGCAGAUACAGAGGCUGAAAGAUGUGAUGAAGAACAAGGAGAACACAGAGAGGCAGAUACAGAUGCUGGAAGAUGUGAUGAAGACUGAGAAGGAGAACACAGAACUGCAGAGACUGAGUGUGGAAUACGAGUUAUUAAAGAAGAAGAAGUAUGCAGUGGAUGUGACUCUGGAUCCUGAUACAGCAGAUCCAUAUCUCAUCCUGUCUGCUGAUGGAAAAGAAGUGACAUGUGGAGAUGAACAAGAUAUAUUUCGUUAUCCAACAUGGUUGUUUAAUUAUUAUCUCUGUGUUCUGGGAAAUCAGAGUUUCUCUACAGGGAGAUUUUAUUAUGAGGUGCAGGUCAGAGGGAAAACUGACUGGAGAUUAGGAGUCGUGAGAGAGAACAUUAACAGGAAGGGGAGGAUUACACUGAAACCUCAGGAUGGAUUCUGGACUGUGGGGCUGAGGAAUGAGAAUCAGUAUAAGGCUUGUGCUGGUCCCUCUGUCCCCCUCACACUGAGAGAGAAGGUGGAGGUUGUGGGGGUGUUUGUGGAUUAUGAGGAGGGUCUGGUCUCCUUUUAUGAUGUAAAGUCCAGAUCUCAUAUCUACUCUUUCACUGGUCAGACUUUCACUGAGAAACUCUAUCCAUACUUCAGUCCUUGUGAUAAUGAUGGAGGUAAAAAUUCAGCACCACUGAUCAUCUCUCCUGUAUUUAAGACUGAAUGAAUUUUCACCUCACAAAUAUAAUCAUCUGUUAAAUGUUGAGAAUAAAAAGAAACAUUAUACUUCUUUAGUUAAAUUUUAGAAACACAUUUUCCCUUUUAAAAUGUUGUAUAGAUUAUUUUAAUACCUGGUUUUAAUUGUAAUCCUAAAGUCUGUUUUUAUGAUCAUGUGACAUUAUGGUUGUGGAACUUUGUCAUUACAAAUCACAUAUAAAUAAAGAUCAUUUACAGUUUACUCUGA